UAGCCAUAGUCCGUCUCAGAGAAAUGUCAAUUAAUUCUAACCUUAAAACUCAAGUUCUACGAUUUUUGUUCAAAUUUUUUGAUGAGAGCCUCAGUUUGUUAUAAAAAUGGCAGAAAUUGCGCCUGAUGGCGACAUUAUAGGGAUUAGAAAUCUUUUGUGGGGUUCAGGCGAUAUUAGGGUGGAAAUUUUCAAAAGAUGGAGUCAAGGUUUUUAUUUUAGCGAGAAUGAGAAAAGUGCUUUAGAACAGUCUGAGGGCGGGCCAUGUGCUAUCAUAGCACCUGUACAGGCUUAUAUUUUGAAGAAUUUUUUACUUGAAAAUUCUAGUUUACAAUUUAGAGAAAAUGUUACGCCAGAAAUGCAAAAUUUAUCGCUGGUGAACGCCUUAGUCGAAAUCUUGGGACUGUGUAAUGUACAAAAAUACUACAUGGUAUAUUUAAAUGAUGAUUUUAAUAAAAGUGAUAAAUCUGGUGAUUUAGAAGAAAGUAAUGUAGUUAAAAUUGACCCUGUAGCGUUUCAUAAUAGUUUAGAAGUAGUGGAAAUUCCCACCAUGUUGGAUGUACGAAAGUAUUAUAUGUUACAUAUUAAUAAUCUGAAAAAUCAGUAUGGGAUUUUGCUGUUUUUGUAUUCUGUUAUUUAUACAAGGGGUUUACAACAAGUAAAAUCAGAAUCUGACACAACAGAUCCACUUAUUGAUGAAACUUAUGGUUAUGGUAGUCAAUCAUUAAUAAAUCUCAUGAUUACUGGACGAGCUACAACUUAUGUUUGGGAUCAUGACCAAGAUGUUGGUGGAUUAAGGCUUCAGGGUAUUGAAAGGAAAAGUCAAGUAGGUUUUAUCACAAUCAUGGAACACCUAAGAUACUGCACAGUGGGCAGUUUUUACAAAAACCCUAACCAUCCAGUCUGGGUUUUGGCUUCAGACACACAUUUGACAGUUCUUUUUAGCGAUGACAAAAAACUUGUAGCUCCAGAAACAAAAAGUGAACAAGCUAGAAGAAUAUUCAAAAGUUAUGACCCAGAUGGCAAUAACUUUAUUAAAGGAAAUAUGCUGGGCGAGGUUUUGCAAGAACUGGAAUUGGUCAGUGAAAAAGAAUAUGUGGAAAUAAUGAGAAAAAAAUUGGAUGAAGAAUGUUUAGGAAUAAUUUUACUUGACGCUUUUAUGCAAGAAUUUUUCCCCAAAGAAGAAACCAGUACCCCUGAUAUGUUUACAUUAGUACAUUACAAUGGUUUAGCUCAAAGUAACAUUAGUGGACUGGUUCAGUACCAUGUUGGAUCCGCCAUUUUGCUGGAAUCCGACCUGAAGUCCAUAUGCGAGUCCAACCCAAUGUUGACAGUGUUGCAAACCAAAUGGCCAAACAUUGAAGUGAACUGGUGUAAUAACAUCACCCCGUCUCUAAAUUAGUAUAUUUUAUAUGAAUUUUUGUCUCUUCUUUUUAUGUUAUUUUAGUAUUUUUUUUAAAUAAAAAUAUGAUGAUUAUCACAAUUAUAUAUGAAUUAUUAAGUGCAGGGCCUAAAACUACCAAAUAUCAAUGAUUUUUUGAAUAAAUCAUGUGAUAGUUAUUGAGCAUUUAACUAAUUUUUACCAUAUUUU